AUGGAAAGUGACGAAGCGCUUUCGCACGUCGGCAGACGACAACAAAGUCAAGCAGAUGACACCCAGCCCGACGGAGCAGACCAGACGACCGAAAUAGUCCAGACAAGCGACACUCUGGCACUCGAAACGUCGGAGCACGAUGGAAGGUCAUCGGAUUCGACAGAGGGUUCGAACUCCUUCCAAGAAGCGAGCGAGUUCAUACCACUCGAAGAGACUCCAUCGGGAUAUCCUGAGCUGGAUUGGAAACCACCCAUUUUGCGUAAGUGGUGCCUUCUUUUGGCCAUCGCCUUUUUCGUGGCAUGCUUGACCGGGCUCGCGAUUAUUGUCCGAGUCAACGACACCAGACCGGAGCUUCUGCAUGUCGCCCGAACGCCUAGCCAGCUCGCCUUCCGAUAUGUACCUGCCGCCACCGGCACCGUUUCGUCGAUCUGGUGGAGCUCCUUGACUCGAUCCUAUCUUCGCCUCGUCCCUUACAUUUCUAUGGCAUCUGUGUCAAAUGCUCCCAAGGGUCGAGGGUCACAAGACAACGACACCAUUCAAUCCACGGGGGACUUGGAGGCAUUCUCUCUCUCACCAAGCUCUAUUUUUCGCCUCAUCAAGGAGCGCCCCGUCCUCACCGUGAUCAUGUUUUUGACCUCAUUCUUAGUGGGCAUUUUUCUUGCGCCCCUGAAGAGCACCUUGUUCCAGACAAUACCGGAUUCCGAGGGAUGGACGAUCUAUGUCUCGGACAAAAUUGCAUAUGGAACCAUCGCGCUAUACUCUCUGAUGACGGCAAGCGCCAUCGCCAUACUGAUACGUUUGUGGUCGGUCCGCACGGGGUUGAAGUGGGAGGUCAGCUCAAUCACCUCUCAGCUGGCACUGGUUCAUAAUUCCAACAUCUAUGAGCCUUUCCAUGGACUCGAGUUUGCGUACGACCACCAAUUCUGGAAUCUUGUGCGCUCUUGGCCCCUGAAGUACGGUGGUCUGCGCCUCGGGUACUGGAAGUCAUUGCGCAAGCUGCAACUCCAAACGCCACUCAGUUUUGAAGGCUGCGAGGUUGAUGAUCCAGAACGCUUUCGCUACGCAUCACUCUACAUCGAGCAAUAUGAUAGUGUACUGGCCUUUUUCCUUGCUAUUGGAGUUGCUUUAUUUGUUACUUGCAUUGUUGGGAUGUCACGAGACAUCGCUCACCGUGGAUUCUAUUUCACACCCCCUGUUCUGACAGCCAGCAUUGCACUAGCGCAACAAACUCUUUUUACGUUUUUGCCUGCAUUGCUAUUCGACUUGCUCUCUAUCGAGGUCAACACAGCGGCUUAUUUUUACCGACUGCACCAGCCAAUAGCUAACAUGCAAAGCCCGGUUUCGGCCGAGAAAAGCGUGUUACUUGACUAUGUUGGUCGAAACGCAGCCAGUGCCAUGCUAACGGCAGCUGCGAACAAACAUUGGCGGGUCGCGUGGUUGAGCUUUCUCGACAGCGUAUCUGCAAUUCCUCUUAUCUUGGUCGCGAACGCAGUUAACGCUGAAGAAACACCUGACGGUUGGCAUGUGAACGUUACUGGGGGGAAGUUUUACUCGCUCUUUGCCUUGUUAAUCGUUUACUGUGUCUCCAUCGUGCUGUGCAGACCGCCGCCGGAGUAUCGGACCCUCAUGGUGGUAUCUACUCUCGCUGAACUCUUGACCCUGUGCUAUGAUAGCCACAUGCUGGAUGGCAACGAGUUCUCCGUCCAGGAUGCAUCGGACCGAGAAAUUCAUCUCGUCUCGAAAGUGCAUCUCGCGAAGCGAAAAUAUCAAUUCGGCCUAUACAUGGGUCGAGAUGGGCGAAGACAUCUAGGAUUUGAUGCCACAAGCGACAGGGCAAUAGAGGGUGAUGUGCCUCCCGUGUAUGGCAUUGAGCCAGGAAGGGCUAUAUAUUUCACCUCGAGGCCUUUGUGGCUCCGCCCUCCUGUUGUUAAAUAUCCCGAAGGGGAGGAUAUUUCCAUUUAG